UAACCUAACUUUCUUAGACCAGCAGAUGCUCGAAUUCCAAGAUUUAGAGCAGACAUUUGAGACUAUACAGCCAACCCCCAGGGAUAAUAGCUAUGAGAGAGUGCACCAGAAGGUAGUCCUGUCUGAUUCUGAAGGCAAGAAAAUAGUGAUUACAAAUCCCAAAAUUCCUAUAAAGCUUGAUAUGGUCUCUGAAAAAGAAUGGAAGAAAAGUUCCAAAGAAUGUUGAGGGGGAGACUACCAGAUUUUGGCUAUGGUUGAGACCUAGUCGUGGGAGAGAACCAGCAUUUUGAGUUAAAAUUAAAUGAACGAAUUAUCCAAGAGAGGCUUGGCCAGAAGAAGGCGGUUUCUCGUCUAGCUAGCUCAAUUGGAAAACACAAGAAUCAGAACAAAUUCAUCAAGAUGUUUAAAGAUGAUAAUGUCAGUAUCUACUAUGAAGACAUCCAGAGGCUGAAGGAUCAUUAUACAAAUAUCAAUGAAAUCAUCAAUGUCCUGAAGGAAAAUCCUAAUCUGGAGAGAUUUAAAGCCAGCAAUGGAGUCAAUCCUGGCAAGAAGUUUGCAAGAAAGAAAAGUGAAGACUACUCAAUGCCACUUGUACAUCAGAAUACUAUAAGAGUAAACAAUGAGACGAUGUCACCAGUUUUUGUCAGCAAACUUCCUCCCUUCAAUUCAGGAGACGGACAGAGACUAAACAAGACAUUUCUAUCCACAAAGAGGUCUAAUAACUCAAAGGCUUCAGUUAAUAGAAUGGUUUACACUCAAAAUAGAAAAUUACGGAAAGCUCACAUUCAAGCACUCUCUUCUAAACAACUUAAUGAGCUUCAAAAUAAAGGCAAGAAGAGAGUAAAGGAAGUACGAAGAAAUGAGCAGAACAGUAGCCUAGGAUCGAUAACAAACUUGAUGAAUACUUAUUUCAAAUCUUUUAAUUUUGAUCAUCAAAAUACUACAAAGAAGGAAAAAGCUUUCCUAAAGUUUGGGAAUAUUCUUAAAAAGGAAUUCCAGAACGAGACUGUAAAGAAAACUGUUUUUAAAUGGUGAAGUAAUGUUAAAAGGAUGAAUAAUUCUAACAAUUCCAGAGAGUUUAAGUCUCUAGAGACUCCUAGAGAGGUCAGAGUUGUCAAGCAUACUCUUCAAAAGUUGAAGAAGACUCCAAUCCCAGAUGUUAGACAACAUAAAAGAAGGUUCCGGAAGAUGGUUCCCAAUACACGGAACUGAUUUUCGGUGCCAAGAACCAUGCCGCUAACUAGAGAUUUGUGAUAAAUUCAACAAAUAUUUCCCAAAUACUGUUUUACUUAAUACAAUUCAAUC